UUGCUCUGAAUCAAAAUGUUGCUGAGGGUAGUAUGCUAUGAUGUGUGUGGUAUUAAACAUUCCCACAAUGAGCUUUCAAUUACAAAUACCUAAGAGUGAUGGAAUAUCUGGUUAAUUACUCAAUCCAUUAACAGGUGAUACAAUAAAAGCAUGGCUCCAUGAGAACUAGCAGUGUUUAAUCCAACUAAUAAUGGCAACAGGUGGUUCACAUUUUUUUUAUUUUUUUUUUUAAAUCUUGCACACUGGAUGAUACACUGCUAUCCACACGUAGUUUGCUUAGUUUCUAAAUAAACAACGCCAGUUGACGGUUUCAUUUCUUGUGAAAAAGUCUCCCAUUAACAAUACAUCAAUGGCAAUUUGUCAUAAGCAAACAAGACAGACCUCUCAGAAUCAGUAAGCCAAGAAUGAGAUAAAGUUGAAUAGAACCCCCAGGGAUUUAUCUGUCUGUUGACAUAAUUACUGCAGAGACCAAUCCUGUUUGUUUUUUCCUUGAUGUCACAAUGGCCUGUGUAGUUGAGGUGAGAGACCCUUGGGAUUUCAUUACAUAUUUGCAUAACAAGCCCAAUGUUCAAAUCUCUUCAACGGGCUGCCACUGAUUAUCGGGUUCUAGCAAGUCUCCGGUGAAUACGUCUCUCUAGUGUGCUAUCAGGCAACUGCAGAGGGUGUUAUAAGAGCAAAAGUUAUCCCUUUUCUAUUGAAUUCUUAUUGAUUCUCCACCAGUGGUAGUGCAGCGAAUGAGCGAAGCAGUGUAGCUCACUUCUUACAAAAUAUAACCAAUCUGUUAGCAGGAACAACAGGUAGACCUACUUUGAUUUACAAGUGAUUAAGAAAAUGUAUGACGGUAAUUAUGGCUAUGUGAUCCUAUUUAGAUCCAGGGUAUUGUGUAUCUAUGAGCUAGAGCAUUUCCAUAUUUCGAAACCUGUAUACUGCAAAAAUACAAACCUUGUUUGCAUGGCUAGGUUCAACAUUCAAAUGUGCAUAUCUAUUCUGAUGUCAAUGAGUCUGUCUCUUGCAUUGCUUAAUGAUUUACUUCUUAAACUUCCUGAGCCAGCUUCCUCAGUCCAUCUAGCAGCAUUAUCUAUGCAUUUCCUCUCUACUCACUUGUAUCAUGUGUCAUCUGUUGUGAUCGGAUUAAUAAGCACUCCAUAAAAAGCUACUCAUCUUUGCUGUGUGCUGGGUCGUUAAACACCUCUCGAAAGAAUCCCUGUAUGAAUUGCAAUGAGGAAACAGAUUCGCCUUAGACUGUAAAACAUUGCCAAUAAUUGUGGUUAUUUUUCAAUAAUCUUCCAUAAAAAGUAUGGAAGGGUAUGAGUCUUUAAAAUACUUUUAACGUCUCAAGUCUGGCUUUGUCAUUUUACAGUACAGCCUAACCCUGGUCCUUUGCUGCCGGUGGUUGCGUGGUGUCCGUCCAGUGCUGGACUAUUAUGCUCCAGCUGGAAGGCGCAAAGUGCAGUUUCCUCUUCUGCCUGGGAAUAUGCAUGCUCAUCUGCUCGGUCAUCUACCUGAGGGCCAUGGCUGGCACAGAUCCCCAGGGUCAGAGUGGGCCCCAGGGCUGCAGGCCAUUCUCUAAGUACUGCCAAGCUUUCAUCCCCAGCACCAAGGGCUCGCCAGCAUGGCAACGCCGUGACUGCCAGGUGGAGAGCUAUCUUCUGGGUAUGGGAAGUCGAGGUGGGGACCAGGACUGCUCCCGCCUGGUGAGGGAGCUUCACUUCAUCACCCGCCCGCUGAGCCAGGAGGAGGAAGACUACCCUCUGGCCUUCAUCCUCACUGUCCACAAGGAGCUGGAGCUGUUGGUGCGCCUGCUGCGGGCCAUCUACACGCCGCAGAAUGUCUACUGUGUCCACGUGGACGCCAAGGCUCCGCGGGAGUACAGGGAAGCCGUGGAAAGCCUUGUGGGCUGCUUCCCCAAUGUGUUCCUGGCCAGCCACAGCGAGAUGGUGACCUACGCCGGCUUCUCACGGCUGCAGGCCGACAUCAACUGCAUGAGGGACCUGGCGGCAUCGCCUGUGCCCUGGAGGAAGGUGCUCAACCUGUGCGGCCAGGACUUCCCUGUAAAGAGCAACCUGGAGCUGGUGCGCUACAUGCAGAGCAAGGAGUGGAGGGACAGGAACAUGACCCCGGGCAUCAAGCAGCCUGCGGCUAUGAGGCACCGGACUCAGCUGCAGUACAGGGAGGUCAGGGGCUCCCACGUGGCCCCCAAGCACGGAGGCCCAAAGAAAGGUGCUCCGCCCCACAGGCUUCAGAUUUACUUUGGUACAGCCUACUACGCACUAACCAGGACCUUUGUGGAGUUUGUACUGAGGAGUCACGUGUCCAGAGACCUGCUAGAGUGGUCCAAAGACGCAUUCAGCCCAGAUGAGCACUACUGGGUGACGCUCAAUCACAUUAAAGAAGCGCCAGGGAGUCAUGUAGGAGGCGGCUGGGGUGGCGAGAUCCGGACAAUCAAAUGGAGGGACCAAGAGGGGACUGUACACAAUGGAUGCAAAGGCCGCUAUGUUAGGGACAUCUGCAUCUAUGGUCUGGAGGAUUUGCAGUGGAUCAUCGACAGAAACAGCAUGUUUGCCAACAAGUUCGAGAGCAAGGCCUUCCCAGAAGCUUUGGACUGCCUGGAGCAGUGGCACAGAGACAAGGUCCUGCAGCAAGCCAUGGUUCCCAUCCAGUCAUGGUGGCAACUUGCCACGCAAGGCAAUGCCACCUCCCUUUUCAAUGCCACGGUAGGACUUUGACGAGGCUGUGGGGUUCUUCCUGACCAAAAUGGAUGUAGUUCUCCAAUACUUGUUGGUUAUUGUAUCACUUCAGAGGGCUGUACUAAAGUGUGCUGCAAGUGCCUUGAUGCAUUUCUGUUGGUGCGUUGAGCUCAAAUCUCGAGAAAGUAAUAGUAGGAAACUGUAAUAGUAGGAAACUGUUUGCGAGGUGAGCAGGGAAGACUUGUUAUUGACAUAUCUCAGUUGUCCUGAAACGCUUUGUGGUAAAUUUAGGCUCUGUGUAUCAUUAAGAGGCACAGUGGCUGAGAGGAUGACGCAACCAUAAUCACUAAGGAAUUCACAAGUCUCCCCCCCACGUCAAACAAGGACCUUUACUGACCUGUGGUGCACUUUGACAACAGAACCGCAUAGGCCACUGUACCAAAGACAUUUGUCAACCU